AUGGAUCAGUCUGUUGAAAUUGAGGACCAAAAGAGGGCGGAUAUCGAGGGUGGUUGCGUCCGCCGCCUUCGCAUAACCGGAAAAGCCAAUUGGGCAUUUGGCUACGAUGGGUGGAAAGGCUCAGGUGUUGGGACAGUUCUCAUAGCUAUUGGGGCAAAGAACCCAACCAUGUUUAGUCAAGCGCGUAAUCAACUCUUAACGUACUUAGGAAUCAUGAAGAAACUCCGCCACCAAGAGAAUAAAACGAACGAACACGUCCAAGGAUUUUAUUCCGAUGGUUGCAGGUACGUACUGCUUCGCCCCUACCGGCCACGAUAA